GGCUAUAUUAUCUGAUAUAUUAUCGUGCAUAUAUUUGUAAAUUAAUACUAAAAAAGCAUAAUACUACACAACUCGAAUGUUUCUCUAUUUACUAAAAAAAAAAAAAAAAAAAGAUGUCUCCUUCCUCAAGACACUUCCACGACUGUUUAAUCUUGCCACACUGCCGCAAAACGUCGCAAACUGUCUCCCUUACAGCAGUCAGUCGUAAUCGUUUGGUAGCGCAAAGUACGGUAGAGCGAAAGAUGGCGGAAGGUGAAGAAACAGCAGUUCGGCAGCUGAGGAUGAAGUGGCAGGAAUCUCCGGUCUGUGGUCCUGAGCUGUACCGCUACCUAGCGGAGCAGGUGCCCCGGAUCUAUUGCACUAGUGAGAAGACUAAGGGACUAUCUGAGGAGGAGGAGGAGAUGGUGGGGACCACCUUGCUGCGGCCCCUGGAGUGGUAUCUGUUUGGAGAGGACCCCCAGCUCGGCCUGGAGAAGCUGCAACAGGGCAGCGGCUCCUCUCAGCUCUGUGGCAGAGUCUUCAAAGAGGGAGAGACCACUUACACUUGCAGGGACUGUGCUAUUGAUCCCACAUGUGUGCUUUGCAUGGACUGUUUCCAAAACAGUGUUCAUAGGAACCAUCGCUACAAGAUGCAUUCGUCUUCUGGGGGCGGUUUCUGUGACUGUGGUGAUAUGGAGGCCUGGAAAACAGGGCCGUCAUGUAAGAAACACGAACCUGGAGCAGAAGGAGAUACGGACAUGGGAGCAGAGAGCCAGCUGGAGGACGGCCUGAUGGAGAGAGCACGAAUGCUGUUCCAGGUGCUGUUCAAAUAUACUGUUGACAUGCUGGUGUGGGAGGAGGGACAGGAGCUGCCUGCCGAGCUGCAGCCCAGUGUGAAAGAAGACACUUAUUACUGUGUGCUGUACAAUGAUGAACACCAUUCCUAUGACCAUGUGAUCUACACCCUCCAGAGGUCAGUUCAGUGUGACCUGGGGGAGGCACAGACCCAUACCAACCUCAUAGACAAAGAGGGUCGCAGAGCUGUGAAAAGGGGGACUUUGCAGGCCUGUCAGGAGGCAAAGCAAGCCAUCCAGUCCAAUUCAGAACACAUCUCCCUGCAGCCUCUGCGAGUGGAGAUUCUGCACUCCGCUGUCAUGGCUCACCAGAGCUUUGCCCUGCGUCUUGGGACCUGGUUCCAGCAAGUUGUCAACUAUUCAGUUGGCUUUCGGCAGGUGUUCUGUCAAGUGUCCCUGCAGGCAGCACUGGACCCUGAGCUGCACUGUCUGAUCAGCAGGCUCAUGCUGUGUGAUGCUAAACUAUAUAAAGGAGCACGAAAGAUUGUUCACGACUUGAUUGUCUGCAGUUUGCUGAUGGAAACUGAAUAUAAGCGUCUGUUUGCUAUUGAGUUUGCCAAGAACUACAAGCAGCUCCAGGAAGACUUUAUAAAUGACGACCAUGAGAGAAGUAUUUCGGUGACAGCUCUGUCUGUCCAGAUCUUUACUGUCCCCACGCUGGCCAGGCAGUUAAUUGAGGAGGGGAACGUGGUCAAGGUGAUUAUUGACACUGUGAUGGAGAUGCUGUCUGAGCACCUGGAUGACAAUAACCGCUUCCACUUUCAGGGGUACAACUCUGAGAGGUUUUUCAGGAUACAGGUGGUCUUCCACGAUCUGAAGUACAUUCUGAUCAGUAAGCCAACCAUCUGGACUGAGAGACUCCGGCAACAGUUCCUGGAAGGUUUGAGAGCGUUUCUGGGAAUGCUAAAAUGCAUGCAGGGGAUGGAAGAAGUAAAGAGGCAGUUUGGGCAGCACAUAGAGGUUGAGCCGGAAUGGGAAGCAGGCUUUUCCAUUCAGAUCCAGCUGAGACACACCCUCUCCAUGUUCCAGGACUGGUGCACAGCUGACGAAGAGCUGCUGUUGCAGGGCUACAAGGAAUGCUACAACACUUUGAUGUCCUGUACUAAUCAGCCAUUCAAGAGUGAAGAAAUAGACACCCACAUGUGUAACCAUGUUCUGCACUGCAAACCAUACAAAGUGUCCCAGGAUCCUGUUAGCAUCCACCUCCCAAUCUCCAGGCUUCUGGCUGGUCUAUAUGUCCAUCUUUGCAGAAGCGGUGCCAUCAAUAGAUUGCAUGAGUACCUGCCUGCGGGCUGUGACAUUGCCUACAUGGUGGAAUACCCACUGCGCUGCUUGGUGCUGGCAGCACAAGUAGCAGCUGAGAUGUGGCGGCGAAAUGGACUGUCUCUUGUUAGCCAGGUGUACUACUACCAGGAUGUAAAGUGCAGAGAUGAAAUGUUCGAUAAGGACAUCAUUAUGCUACAGAUUGCUGCUUCUAAAAUGGACCCCAACCAUUUUAUGAUACUAAUUCUACAGCGGUUUGAGCUGUUUGAGUUUUUCAACCGGAGUACUGUCAGCAGAGAUAAGGAACUUGUCAAGCAGGUAAACCGGUUGACAGAGGAAAUGCUCCAUCUUCUAAUCAUUAUUUUAGGUGAAAGAUACAUCCCUGGGAUCAGCAAUGUGACAAAGGAGGAUGUGACAAUGAGAGAAGUAAUCCAUCUGCUCUGCAUUGAGUCCAUGGCACACAGUGGCCUGGUCAAAGCCUUGCCUGACAAUGAAAACAAUGAAACUGGCCUGGAAAAUGUCAUCCAGAAAGUAGCAACAUUUAAGAAACCUGGUGUCUCUGGGCAUGGUGUAUAUGAACUGAAGAAGGAAUGUUUAAAGGAGUUUAACCCUUUCUUCUACCACUACUCCAAAUCCCAGCACAGCAAGGCAGAAGAUGCACAAAAGAAGAGAAGAAAGCUGGAGAACAGUGGUAAAGCUCUACCUCCUCCAGACCCACCCGAAUUCCUUCCUGCCUUUGCGAACAUUGUGAAUGUGUUGAACUGUGACGUUUUGAUCCAUGUGCUCCGAACAGUGCUGCGGAGAGCAGUGGAAACCUCAGGGAAGCUGUGGACUGAAGCCAUGAUUCAGAGGGUGCUCCAUCUGAUUGGUCAAGGGUUGCUAGAGGAAAAGCAACAGCUGGAGGCAAACAGGGAAGAAGUAGCCUUUGACUUCAGCCUCAAAGCAAGAAGAAUUGAACACGGCAAGUCUCUCCUGACUUUCUUAGAGAAGCUGAAAUUGGUCCCUCCUUUGGAGGCGCAGAAGGACAUGAUCACCUGGACGUUGCAGAUGUUUGAAAUAGUGAAGUGUCUCCGGGAGAAAUCAAGCCCAACUGCAGCAAUGAGUAUUGAAACCACCGACCCAGGGGAGAGCAUUCAGGACAAGGAGAAAGCAGAAAGGAAGAGGAAGGCAGAAGCUGCUAAGCGGCAUCGACAGAAAAUCAUGGCCCAGAUGUCUGCCAUGCAAAAAAACUUCAUAGAGUCUCACAAGAUGCUGUAUGAGAGCACACCCCAGGCCCAGGGGCCAGGAGAGCCUUUUGUACCUGAGGACAGCUCUGCAAUGAUCCUGGGAGAAUCCAGAGUGGCUCUGGGCCCGAAACGUGGUUCUGGAGUUGUGGAGAGAGAAGCUCUGACCUGCAUCCUGUGCCAGGAAGAACAGGAGGUCCGAGCAGACAGCACGGCCAUGGUUCUGACUGCCUGUGUACAGAGAUCUGCUGUACUGACCCAGUGCAGGGGCAAAGUUUUACCCAACACAGAAACCUUCGAACCUCUGUUUAUGCACCCGGAUCUGGCCUGUGGUACACACACAGGAAGCUGUGGACAUGUCAUGCAUGCCCCCUGCUGGCAAAAGUAUUUUGAGGCAGUUCAGAACACCACCAGGAACCGCCUUCAUGCAGAGCUGAUCUUUGACCUGGAGAAUGGAGAGUACCUGUGUCCCCUCUGCAAAUCCCUUUGCAACACAGUCAUCCCUCUCAUUCCCCUGCAGCCACUCAAACUCAACUACGAUAAUGCAGAGUUAGUGGGACAGCUUCUGACAUUCCCCCGAUGGCUGGAGAUUGUCUUGGCCAGGAUAAAAGGGCUAAAGGCCACAUCACAAGCCAACGACGACAGUCAUGAAAUGGCAGAAAAUCAAUUUUUUAUGGAAAGUCCUGCAGAUUUUAGAUCUAUCCUGAGUUUUGGAGUCCAAGCAACAGCACAAUACUCAGAGAGCAUCAAUGAGAUGCUUGUUGUGUGUGCUACAGCUGCCUACAGGGUGGGGUUAAAGGUCGAUCCAAACGAGACAGACCCCCGAGUCCCACUCAUGUCAUGGAACACAUGUGCCUUCACUAUCCAGGCAAUAGAAAAUAUGCUUGAAGAGGAGGGGAAACCUCUAUUUGGAUCUCUGCAGAAUAGACAGCAUGCUGGACUGAAGGCACUGGUGCAGUUUGCUGCAGCUCAGAGACUUACCUCCUCACAAGCUGUAGUUCAGAAGCACUUCACUCAUCUACUCUCAGGUUUGAUACCUGAUUUACAUGUUGAUGGGACAUCUUCAAUCCUAGAUAUUGAUCUGUUUCAUCUUUUGGUGGGCCUGGUGCUUGCGAUUCCAGCACUCUACCAGGAGGAGGCGGUGGACCUGCAGCCUUCUCCCAUCAGCUCAGCCUACAAUCACCUCUACAUCGUCCAGCUGGUCACCAUGGCACACGUGGUACAGAUCCUGCUGUCUUCUGAUGAUCCCCCAGGGAUGCUGGGAGAAGAAGAGGGGGAGGAAUACAGAUCAGCAACAGAGCUGUACCAGACCCUAGUACAGUGUACAGAGGGGCUCAGUGGUGAUGUUCCAGGCUGGUGUCUGACAGACAGAGUAAGGAGAGGGGUGGCCCAAUUCCUCCGCUGUGCCGGCCUUUUCUUCAGCUGCCUUACUGGAGUUCCCCCACCCGAGGUGCUAUCAAGUAAUGAAGUAUCUCUCGAAGGACAGUUGGAGGCGCUGUGCAGUUACUUGGCUCUGCCCACUAACCUCUUCCAGCUCUUCCAAGACCACAAGGACACUGUGAUUCCAUUAUUGCACAGGUGGUGUGGCAAUCCAGCAGUUUCAACAGCUCUAAAUGAUACAAGUUCAGUGAUCAGGUAUCCAAGGAAACGGAACAAGUUGGUAGAACUUCCAGAGGAUUACAGCUGCCUUCUCAACCAGGCCUGUCACUUCAAGUGCCCCAGGUCAGCAGAUGACGAAAGAAAGCACCCCACCCUGUGCCUGUUCUGUGGGGCCAUGCUGUGCUCCAAUAGCAUAUGCUGCCAGGAGACUGUGGAUAGGGAGGUGGUGGGAGCCUGUGCGGCACACUCAGCCAACUGUGGAGCUGGCGUGGGAAUGUUCCUCAGAAUCCGGGAGUGUGAGGUGGUACUAAUGGGCAGUAAGACCAGAGGCUGCGUGUACCCAGCGCCUUACCUUGAUGACUAUGGUGAAACAGACCCUCAACUAAGGAGAGGUAACCCCCUACAUAUUUCUCCUGAGCGGUACAAGAAACUUUACCAACUUUGGCAGCAGCAUUGCAUCAUGGAAGAAAUCGCUCGCAGCCUGGAAGUAGUCAACGUCAUGUUUGCUUUUGACUGGCAGAUGCUCUAAGGAGAAAUGCCAAUUUGGCAGUGCUGGUGUGGAUUCUGUGGCAGUGCUGAAGACCCCUUAAGCUUCACCCUUCCACACAUUAAAAUCCAUUUUAGGAAUGUUGGCUACUGGUUGCAGCCUUCAGGACGAACCGGCUGUUCUUUAAUUUCUGUCCAGGUUACAGAAAGUCAAAAGGCUGUGGCUGUCAAGGGAGAGAAGGAAAGUACAAAAACCCAGGCCGCUUUUUUGUCAGAGUUCGCGUAAAUUGAAUUAGUUUGGAGGCUUCAAUCAGGGGAGGUGGAGACGAGUGGCAGCAGUUUCACUGAAAGCUGAAAUGUCAUGGUUAAAAAAUAGUGUGUGUCUCUGUGUGUGUGUGUGUAUAUAUAUAUAUAUAUAUAUAUAUAUAUAUAUAUAUAUAUAUAUAUUUAUAUAUUAAGGUUGAUUAGAAACUGUGUUUACCACAUUAACACACCAUAUCACUGAUGUGGUAAAGUUACUUUCUAAUCACCCUGAAUAUAUUUACCUGCUUUUCAAUUAAAAUACUUCACUUCUCCCCAAGGGUUGCACAAAAAUGACUAUAGAAAUAUACAGAAUGAAUGAAUGAUGCUGUUGCACAAUAUGAACCCUUACAAAACUGUUGCAGCAAAGAGAUAUUUCCCCUGUAAGUGUUCACAGGCAUAAUUAUUAGUCAUUCUGAACUUUUUCAUUCUGAUGUUUAAAGACGUACCAUAGUAAAAUCUUUGUACUGCAGUGCUUCCAACUGUCUUAGCACUUGCAAAAUGUAGUCAAAAACAUGCAGGAAAGUGCUUGCUAACAAAAAUCUGUUGUGUGCUGUCUGUAUAUAUCAGAAUACACUUUUCUAUCUAUCUUUUAAAAUGGAUCCUCUUCACAGAAAUAAUGUACUGUAGUCUUUAACUUCCAUAGGUCUUACUCAAAGUAUGGUUACCGUGGUAUCUGUAUUAAUUCACUAAAUUAGUAAUACAAUCGUUAAGAUCUAAGGGAACUUGAAUGAUAAUUUAAGAGAAAUCUCAAUGCAUAUAGAUAUGUAAUGUAUUUCUAUUGAUAGAAAUAUGUUUUAAUUGUAUUCACUCUUAAAGGACUAACUGCAGUUCUGUGCGUUUAACACUGACUUCAAGGUGCCUUGAAUAUGUGUUCACAAUUAAAGUUAAGGUGUUUGCAAUAAAUAAACAAAUGCCUCCUUUGAGAUCUUCAUAAGACAAUUCCACCCUCCACACUGUUCAGUACAUACCUAAAAUGGGAAUUGGGAAUGAGUAGCCCUGGUGAGUGUUCAUGAUACUUUCAGCUUUUAAUGUACCAUACAUUUUAUUUCUCAUUUAUUGUGUGUUUUUGUUUAGUUUUCCUUUUGUGUUUUAAUUUUUAUUUUAUCCGUAAUGUUCAGAUACUCAGGAAAUGUGUACAAUAUGGUAAUCUUUCUUGAAUAAAGUACUGUUUGCUGAAAAUUAUACUUUUAGAGAAAGGAGAAAGAAAGAUCUUAAAAUGUGUAUUUUGUUUUUGAUUAGAGCCCAACGGCUACAUUUUGUUUUAAUCAAACAAUCACCACUUGGCAUUUAUUGGUUAUGUAAUGUUUUAAUGAAAUCAGUGGUUCUCAGCCUUUUGUUAGUACUGACCAUACAAAUUGCAAUACGUUUAGGGGAACUCUGCCCCCUUCCACACACAAGGUAGAGCAUAGCACACAUUUACAGACUUCAAAAUAACAUUUUACUUAGUUUGCUUUAAACAUUUAAAAUAUGCUGGGAACAGAGCAACACGUAAAUUAAUUUUGAAACGGGGCAUCUGCAAACUGCUUGGGAACGUGGUGACCUGUUUUUUCCUAUGGUGGGUUGUUGAAACACCCUAUGUAAUCAUUCUUAUAACUAUAUAUGCUUAAUUUGUAUUGAUCUGCUGUUAAAAUACACCAUUCUUGUUGAAUAAUUAAAAAAUAGCCUUUGAUCACUUGCACUUUCCACUUUUGAUUUACAUGUGCUUCUUUCUCAUUGCUGAUUGCUCAUUUAUUAAGCACUCCUUAAAAAAAAAUAACAUGCAACAGACUGAGAACCGCUGAGCCAAAUGACAUAUAAAAUAAAAACUUUAUCUUGUAUAAAAA